AUAAAUCAGACGUAAAAUAGAAUCAAAAUGUCGAUCCCACGACCACGAGAGGCACGCUAUCAUUUUCCCGGUUCAAGUUUGGCAGCUCUCAGAAAUAGGACAAAAAAGUCACCAAACACACAGAAAGAAUAUUGAAAUCAGCAUAAUUCUUAAUUGAACAAAAUGUUGACAAAAUCCAUUUCCCUCUUCUGAUAAUCAAUCUUGGUUGCUGCUAUACACUUCUUAACUUACUCUACAGAGUAAUUCAUAAAUCAUAUAACAUAGAACAGCUGAGCAAGAGCAUUCGCUCCUGUUUCAAUUAUGGCUGCUUCCUCUCAAUUCCUCUGCAGUCAGCCGCAGCUGUACAUAUCCUGCAAUGGCAGCAAAACCCAGUUCAAUUCUUUCAAGAAUAGUUCUUUUCCUCAAUUUUCUACGCGCAGAGCAAUUAGACCACCACGCUUUGUUAAAAAAUCAAGUUUUGGGGAGACCCUUUUGGUCAAAGCUUCUUCUGAAUCAUUUACUGGCAGAAGACAAGUGGAGGUUGAGUAUGAUCUGGAGGGUAGACUCAAUAGAUUGGCUGAUGAAGUCGAUAAGAAUGCUGGGCUUUCAAGGCUAACUCUAUUUUCACCUUGCAAGAUAAAUGUAUUUCUCAGAAUAACUGGCAAGCGGGAUGAUGGGUUUCAUGAUUUGGCAUCCCUCUUUCAUGUAAUCAGUCUUGGUGAUAAAAUAAAAUUUUCCUUGUCGCCUUCAAAAUCAAACGACCGUUUAUCUACCAAUGUUCCAGGAGUUCCACUUGACGACCGGAAUCUGAUUCAUCUCGACAAAAAGGUUCCCACUGGAGCAGGGUUAGGUGGUGGCAGCAGCAAUGCUGCAACUGCAUUGUGGGCAGCAAACCAAUUCUCAGGUGGUAUUGCUAGUGAAAGGGAUCUCCAAGAGUGGUCAAGUGAGAUUGGUUCAGAUAUACCUUUCUUCUUCUCCAGUGGAGCAGCUUAUUGUACUGGUAGAGGUGAGGUUGUUCAAGAUAUUCCAUCACCAAUAAGUCACGACAUUCCAAUGGUUCUAAUAAAGCCCCCAGAAGCAUGCUCGACUGCUGAAGUUUACAAGACACUCACUUUGGAUGAAACUAGUAAGAUUGAUCCGCUGACUCUAUUGGAGAAGAUCUCAAAAAAUGGAAUAUCCCAAGAUGCUUGUGUCAAUGAUUUAGAACUUCCUGCUUUUAAAGUUCUUCCAUCUCUCAAAAGAUUGAAGCAACGUAUAGCUGCUGCUGGUCGAGGACAAUAUGAUGCUGUUUUUAUGUCUGGAAGCGGAAGCACAAUAGUUGGAGUUGGUUCUCCUGAUCCUCCACAAUUCAUAUACAAUGAUGAUGAGUACAAGGAUGUAUUUGUGUCCGAAGCACAAUUUAUCACUCGUCCGGCUAAUCAGUGGUACACAGAACCGGUAUCAAGAAACACCGGCAACACAAAUGCUUAAUUCUGGUGGUGGAAUGAAUUUUUUUCAGCUAAAGAAUACAGGAAAGGUUGUAAUUGCAUCAGUAAUCAUGGAAGUUGAAGGCUCUUAUAGAGUAGAAUUUACUCUUCUCAGUUGUAAUUAUUUUGUGUCUGAGUUUUGAUUUUCAUUGCCGGCAUGUUGAUGUAACAAUCAUGUUACUGUAAGACAGUUUCUGAAGCCUUGGAAUCACACAAGGUCAAUGCAUGCUUGCGGGAUGCCAGUCUGGCAACUUAUCUCGACCUAAUUUAAGAUCUUAAGCACAUAUUAUUUCAAAUCAAAAUGAGUUAGAAAAUUAUAGACAACAAGAUUGUCGUAAAAUGGCAUCAGGCAGUGCUUUAUCCUUUAGCAUAUCAUCAGUUAUCGAAGUUAGUAUUCAGAAAUUCUUCUAAAAUUGGUUCCAAAGCUUUUUUUUU